AUGUAUUUUGAUGGGUCUAGUGCUGAGUUUUCAGCCGGAGCUGGUGUUGUUGUUGAGACGCAUGAAGGACAAAAGUUCCAGUUCGCCUUCCAAUUACACUUUACAUGCAUGAACAAUCAGGCAGAAUGUGAGGCUCUUAUUGUUGGCUUGGAGAUUCUCCAAGAGUUGGUGGCACGAUUCGCUGUUCAAAAUGAGAUGGUGGCUGACGACUACACUCAAGAAAUGAUUCAGGAACUUGAAGAACUCGACCAAGAGCGAAUGGACACUUACAACCGAAUGGAAGCACAGAAAAAGGCUGUGGCUCGUGCAUACAACAAGCGACUUAAGUCUAAGUCAUUUGCCGAGGAAGAUUUAGUUUGGAAAGCCGUUUUGCCUAUCGGAACUAAAGAUAGACGUUUUGGAAAAUGGUCGCCAAGGUGGGAAGGCCUGUUUAUCAUCGAUCAAGUGCUAGGAAAAGGUGCAUAUCAACUUAGGGAUCAAGAUGGAGAGCUGCAUGCAAUGCCUAUCAACGGGCAAUUUCUUAAGAAAUAUUACCCCACGACAUGGGAGAUGAGGGUGCAAGAAUUGUAG